UUCACGUGGUGUGAUAAUUCAGCAUGGUGGACAGUGUUUACCGUACACGCUCUCUCGGUGUAGGUGUAGUUGGUCUUCCUGAUCAGUAUGCCGACGGUAAAGCGGCGAAAGUGUGGCAGCUGUACAUCGGAGACACUCGGAGUAGGACAGAGGAGUAUAAGAGCUGGUUGCUGUCCCUGCUCAGAAAACAUGGGGCUCAGAAAGUGCUGGAUGUAGCCUGCGGCACAGGGGUGGAUUCCAUCAUGUUAGUAGAAGAGGGAUUUAAUGUGGUUAGUGUGGAUGCCAGUGACAAAAUGCUCAAAUAUGCUCUUAAAGAGAGAUGGGAGAGGAGAAAAGAGCCUGCCUUUGAUAACUGGGUAAUUGAGGAGGCCAACUGGCUAACGUUACCAGAAGAUGUUAAAAAACCUGGAGAUGGAUUCGAUGCAGUAAUCUGUUUAGGCAAUUCAUUUGCUCAUUUGCCAGAUUUCAAAGGGGACCAAAGUGAUCAGAAGCUUGCUUUACAAAACAUAGCCAGCAUGGUGAAACCUGGAGGAAUCCUAAUCAUUGACCACCGUAACUAUGAUUACAUCCUUGAGACUGGCCAAGCACCCCAAGGAAAGAAUAUUUACUAUAAGAGUGAUCUAAAACAGGACAUCUCCACCUCAGUGCUAUGGGUUAAUAGCAAGCCUCACAUGAUUACACUGGACUACACUCUGGAACUGCCUCAAUUAGUGGAUGUCCAGACUCCACCUGAUACAAGGUACUUAAAUUCACUGUCGUACUACCCCCAUCGUUUGGAGAGUUUUAAGGAGAUUUUAAGAGCAUUUUUUGGAAAAUGCAACCACAAUGUAUUUGGAGACUUCAAGCAAUACACCCCAGGUCAAGGAGAGGUGCCCUGUUAUUUCAUUCAUGUGGUUAAAAAGACUACUUAAAACCACAUUUUUUAUGUUCACAUUGAAAAUUGGUUGUGAAAACUGGUCUGUGGAAAAAAAAUGCUUGACAUGAUUUUAGCUAUUUUGCUUUGUUGGGGAUAUGUUUUUCUCUUUCUCUUUACUUUUUCAUAAUACACAUUUUUAACCAGGAACAUUUUACUGUUAAGAACACUGCUAAAAGCAUUUCACACUGAAUAUGUUUUUGUGUGCUGCUUAAUUAGUUUUUGUCAGAUUACAGAAGUCAAAAUGCAUAAAUAACCCCUUUAUCACCCCUGAAUAUUAAAGCAUUGUUGAAUAUACUAUGCAGUAUAAAAAGGUAAACAAGUCAUAAAAAUGGUUGUGACAUAAGUCACAUGUACAUCCAUGCUUUCAGAUUUUUCAAUAAUUUUGCUGUAAUAUUACUUUUUAAAACAAGUGAUAUCAUUAUAUUAGCCAGUUACUAUUUGAAAGCUGGGACUUUGAUUAAAAAAAAAAAGUUUAUUCAUACUGUCUGUUCAAGAGACAUACAGGGUGAAUGUUUAAACAACAAAACAUUUGUGUUAAGUUAAUAAUUUAAUUUCUCACUUAUAACAUUGUAACUUGAAAAAAUAUUUGUAAUAUUUUAAAUAAUUAGCAAUUAUGCAGAGUUGUUGUACUGUUGGCCUGUUGUGAUGCAAACACAAAUCAAAAAGAUGAUACAGUGUAAAAGUGUGAUUUUUGUGUACAUUAAACUGCACUUACACAUACAUAAUGAACCACAUGAAAUGCACAUUAUGAAGUAAUCAAACAUAUAUGUGUAUAACUGAAUUUUGAGACAAAUAAAUCACUGCUUUGUGUCUUUGAAAAAUAAUUUUAAGUGCUGAUUCUUUGCAGUUUUUUUUUUUUUCAAGGGUGCUUUAAAUAUGCACUAGCUGAUACAUAGUGUAAUGAUCUAUAAGUAUGCAAAUAUUAAAGUUUACUGAAUCUUU